AUGGACUUUGGUGCCCCAAAGAACAAGCAAAGUGAAAACGUUAACGCCAAGUUAGGUUUAGUUAUCAAGUCCGGUAAGUACACCUUAGGUUACAAGUCCGUUGUCAAGUCCUUGAGAACUGGUAAGGCUAAGUUAGUCCUUAUUGCUGGUAACACCCCAGUCUUAAGAAAGUCUGAAUUAGAAUACUACGCUAUGUUGUCUAAGACCCAAGUUUACUACUUCCAAGGUGGUAACAAUGAAUUAGGUACCGUUUGUGGUAAGCUUUUCAGAGUUGGUACCAUGGCCAUUUUAGAUGCUGGUGAUUCCGAUAUCUUAACCACCCUCGCUUAA